AUGGCAUCUCCCGCAGUGUCUGUGGUCUGCGUGGGCAUGGCAGGCUCAGGAAAGACCACCUUUAUGCAAAGAAUCAACUCGCAUCUGCACUCAAAGAAGACCCAGCCCUAUGUGCUGAACCUCGACCCCGCAGUGCGCUCCGUGCCAUUUGACAGCAAUAUCGAUAUCCGGGAUUCCAUCAACUACAAAGAAGUAAUGAGCCAGUACAAUCUGGGUCCCAAUGGAGGAAUCUUGACCUCGUUGAACCUGUUCGCCACUAAGGUUGAUCAAAUCAUCUCGCUCUUGGAAAAGCGCACUGCCCCGAACCCUGAGAAUUCCUCUGCAAAGCCAAUUGAACACAUUCUAGUCGACACACCAGGCCAAAUUGAAGUCUUUGUGUGGAGUGCCUCGGGCAGUAUUCUUCUUGAAACCCUCGCCUCGUCAUUUCCGACUGUCAUUGCAUACGUGAUCGAUACCCCGCGCGCAAGCUCUACCAGCACCUUUAUGAGCAACAUGCUUUACGCGUGCAGUAUUCUGUACAAGACCAAGCUCCCGAUGAUUUUGGUCUUCAACAAGACAGAUGUCAAGGAUGCCGAGUUUGCCAAGGAAUGGAUGACUGAUUUUGAUGCCUUCCAGCAGGCUUUGCGGGAAGAAGAGGAAUCAGGGGCAUAUGGAACCGAGGGCGGCGUGGGUGGCUUUGGUUCCGGGAGCGGAUACAUGGGCUCGCUCUUGAACAGCAUGAGUCUGAUGCUCGAAGAAUUUUAUCGGCACCUGAGCGUGGUGGGAGUGAGUUCUAUGACUGGCGAAGGCAUCGACGAAUUCUUCGAAGCGGUCCAGUCGAAGCGGGAGGAGUUCGAGCGCGACUACAAGCCCGAACUCGAGCGCAAGAAGAAGGAGCGGGAAGAGACCCGCGCCUCUCAGCGGGAGCUGGAACUAGGCAAGCUGAUGAAGGAUAUGAGUGUCUCUGGAUCCGGUCAACGGCAGCGCAAGGAGCCUGUUCCCGAGCCCGAGACGGUCAGCGAGGCGGAGGAAGAUGAAGAAGAUGAGAUUAUCAAACGCGGGUUGGCGCAUGGGGAAGACGACAGUGACGAUGACUAUGAAGAAACUGGCACCGGUGAUGAUGAUGCACUGUCCCAGCGGUACAGACAAGCCCUGGGCUCUCAGAAUGCGCCUUCAGAUCAAGACAAUAGCUUCACAAGAUACUUGCGCGCCAGCAACAUCAACGGGUGA